AUGAGUUCAGCACAGGUUGCUGGCCAGAACGGGGUUUCUCGUAGAAACGAGGGAGCCAGCUCGAUCCAGUCGGGUCUGUCUUCAUCGCUAGCAGCGGCACAGACAGAACAACAGGCUCAAGAGUCAUCUAAAGAUUCAGUUCCUGCUCCCGUACAAACUCCUACUCAGAUGUCCAGUCAAUCAUCGGGUCAAGCAUCAGCUCCAGUUUCAGCUUCAACGCCGGCAACUCCAGCAACAUCAGCAUCAAAUUCAGCUAAUGCUGGUACUACUAGAACCACUCCUCAACCAUUACCUUGUCGGUACAAAACAGGUAAAACGCUUGGUCAAGGAACAUAUUCGGUGGUCAAGGAAGCUGUACAUAUCGAUACUGGCAACUAUUAUGCCACCAAAGUCAUCAAUAAAAGACUCAUGUCGGGUCGUGAACAUAUGGUGCGCAAUGAGAUAGUCGUGUUGCGUCGGAUAUCCAAGGGCCAUCGUAAUGUGCUAACACUAGUGGAUUAUUUCGAGACGGCUAAUAACUUGUAUCUGGUGACAGAUCUAGCCAAAGGAGGUGAAUUGUUUGAUCGUAUUUAUAAUAAGGGCUCGUUUUUCGAGUCGGAUGCAGUAGAAAUCAUCGAGUCGGUGGUUUCUGGAGUGGCAUAUUUACAUUCUCAUGGCAUUGUUCAUCGGGACUUGAAACCGGAAAACCUUCUUUUCAAAACCCCGGCAGAAGACUCAGAUCUGCUAAUUGCCGAUUUUGGCCUGUCGAGAAUCAUUGACGAGGAAAAGUUCAGGAUGCUGACAACCACAUGUGGAACUCCUGGUUACAUGGCACCUGAGAUCUUCAAAAAGACAGGCCAUGGUAAGCCGGUGGAUAUAUGGGCUAUCGGUGUGAUUACAUAUUUUCUGCUAUGUGGCUAUACACCAUUUGAUAGAGAUACAAGUUCGGAAGAAAUGGAGGCGAUAUUAUCAGCGGACUAUGCGUUUGAGCCCGAGGAGUACUGGGCAGAUGUGUCUGAUAGUGCUCGAGAUUUUAUUACCAAAUGUUUAAAGGUGGAACCCAAGGACCGAAUGACCGGAGAAGAGUGUUUAGAGCAUCCAUUUUUGCACGAAAAGAGGAAAAAGAAGCAAGAGGCCGAUUUGCUUCCUACCGUUAUGUCCAACUAUAACCUGCGACGCAACCAGAGCCAGAGCACGCUAAUGAUAAGCCGCAACCUAGGAGAUAACUAUGGAGCCAUGGAUGGCGCAUAUAGCCAGAGUCCUGAGAAUGCACGACCUCCUCAGCGAACCCCAUUGUCCAGCAGUUCGUUAUCUCGAGCGACAUCCGCUGAUGAGGGGACUAUGAAGGAGACCUUGACUGCUCUUACCAGUGCCAAACUGACUGACAAAUAG